AUGAGCAUUAAUGAAACCCAUCUUAAAGAUAAUGAGAAAUUAGAAUUGAACGAUCUUGGAUAUGAAUGGUUUGGAUACAACAGAAAUUCUAAGCAUAUUCGUGCACCAAAAACAUUUGGCGGAGUAGGAAUUUUGGUUAGGAAAACAAUAUUACAGCAUUUUAUGGUUCGUGUUAAUGACAAGUCAUAUGAAGAGUUGCCAGUCUUAAGAUUACAAGGAGCCUCUUCUGAAAAUGACGAAGUCACCAUUACCUACAGUGUUGUACAUGAAGGCUACCAAAAGGUACACAGUAUCAAAUGGACAAAAGAUGGCAAUCUUUUGGACUUAAAUAAACCAAAAUAUAGUGGUGGAGAUUUGGAAAGCACAUGUUUGAAAAUCCUCUCACCAGAAGAAAACGACAUUGGGGAAUAUAGUUGUGAAGUACCGAAGUUGCCAGUCUUAAGAUUACAAGGAGCCUCUUCUGAAAAUGACGAAGUCACCAUUUCCUACAGUGUUGUACAUGAAGGCUACCAAAAGGUACACAGUAUCAAAUGGACAAAAGAUGGCAAUCUUUUGGACUUAAAUAAACCAAAAUAUAGUGGUGGAGAUUUGGAAAGCACAUGUUUGAAAAUCCUCUCACCAGAAGAAGACGACAUUGGGGAAUAUGGUUGUGAAGUACCGAGUAUUUUGGGAUCUGUAAAGGAAUCCUUAACACUAAAGUUGCCAGUCUUAAGAUUACAAGGAGCCUCUUCUGAAAAUGACGAAGUCACCAUUUCCUACAGUGUUGUACAUGAAGGCUACCAAAAGGUACACAGUAUCAAAUGGACAAAAGAUGGCAAUCUUUUGGACUUAAAUAAACCAAAAUAUAGUGGUGGAGAUUUGGAAAGCACAUGUUUGAAAAUCCUCUCACCAGAAGAAGACGACAUUGGGGAAUAUGGUUGUGAAGUACCGAGUAUUUUGGGAUCUGUAAAGGAAUCCUUAACACUAAAGUUGCCAGUCUUAAGAUUACAAGGAGCCUCUUCUGAAAAUGACGAAGUCACCAUUUCCUACAGUGUUGUACAUGAAGGCUACCAAAAGGUACACAGUAUCAAAUGGACAAAAGAUGGCAAUCUUUUGGACUUAAAUAAACCAAAAUAUAGUGGUGGAGAUUUGGAAAACACAUGUUUGAAAAUCCUCUCACCAGAAAAAGACGACAUUGGGGAAUAUGGUUGUGAAGUACCGAGUAUUUUGGGAUCUGAUGAAUGA